AUGGACUAUGAAAAUGAAAAAUUAAAUUUUCUUAAUGAAACUAAAUCAAUAAAAACAUAUAGAUAUUAUUUUGAAAAUUCGAUAAAUGAAUUGAAACAUUUGAAAUUCAACAUUGGAAAAACAAUUUUAUUUCGAAUAUUCUUUUGCUUGUUAAUAUUAAUAAUAAUAUUAUUUCGUGGACAUUUUUUUUGUCUAUUUGGUUUUAUAAAUUGUUAUGUAACAUGGCCAUUUAGUUCUCCUGUUCAUAUUAAACUUGAUUUAUUAAAUCUUUCAACAAAACCUUCUCAACAUGAAUAUAUUCCACGUCGAAUGCAUCAUAUAUUACUUGGUCCAUUGAGUCAAUCUCCACCUGAAAGUUGGCUGACAUCAAGAAAUUCUUGUAUUGAACUUCAUUCAAAAUUCGAAAAACAUUAUUAUUGGACAGAUGAAAAUAGUAAAGAAUUUCUUGAAAAAAAUUAUUCGUGGUUUUUAAAAACUUGGUUUUCAUAUAAAACAAUUGUACAAAAAGCUGAUGCAUUACGAUAUUUUCUUCUUCAUUAUUAUGGUGGAAUAUUUCUUGAUAUGGAUUUGUAUUGUUUACAUAAACUAGAUGGAUUAUUUAAUUAUUUAGAUGACCAUGUAUCAGCAGAUGAACAUAUAUUUUUAGCUGUUAAAGCAUUUCCUGUUGGAAUAUCAAAUGGUUUUAUGAUAUCAACUCGUAAUCAUCCACUUCUUCAACGUGUUAUUGAAAAUCUUGAACUUUAUAAUCGAAAUUUUCUUUUACCACACGCAACAAUUGUUAUAUCAGCUGGACCGAUGUGUAUUUCAAUACAAAUUCAAUUAAAUCGUUCAUUGUGGAGUUCAAUAUUAGUUCUUGACGGAAAAGAAAAUAUGAUUGGAGGUAAAACGGAUACACCACUUUUUAAACAUUUAGGUAGUGGUUCUUGGCAUAAAGCUGAUGAUAUGAUUUUUAAAAAUAUUCCUAUGAAUAUUCAACGGCAAAAUCAAACAUUUUCAAUAUCAGUUAUUGUUUUUAUUAUUUUUAUUUUCUUAUUUUUUAUUGGACGAAACAAAAAUUUCAUCAAGAAUUUGAUUCAACGAAUAUUAUGA